CGGCGUUCCGAUCCGUGCUCAAUGGGACGGCACUCUUACUCCAUCUAUUGUAGAUCGGAUCUACAAAUAAAAUGACGCUUACAAUGCAGCAUUCAAAAGAAACAUCGCCGUGAACUUUACGUUUAGAAUUUGUGAAUCCCCUAUUUGGUUUUCUAAUUCUAUCACAAUGUGACAUAUGCUCAGUAAGAAUGAUGUCAUCAAUAGAUUGUACCUUAUCGGCAUUUGUUUAAGUUUGGAAAUGAUAUAAAGUUAUAUAUAACGUUUAUUACUACGUGUAAUUAGAGUAAGUAACUAUUAAUUCACGUCCAUUUUAACACUUAUAUCAAGUGCAUUUAUUUCUAAAUAUAUGUUCAACAUGCUGGAACAUAAUAAGAAAUUAUCCUGCUGGAUAAUUAAAAAAGAUUCAGAUUAUACAACACAUCCAACAGUACCAAAGAUUAUGAUACCAAAAGUAAAAGUUCCAUCUGCUUUACACUUUGCACUAAAACAAGAACCAUAUUCGAUAAAGGAAGUUGAAAAGUGUAGAAACUAUAUAAAAUGCAUUAAAAGCUUGUCUAAUGUAAAAAAUAUAAGGCAAGAUGAAUAUUUCUUUGUAUUCAAGAUUUGUUUAUACUUGGAACAGUAUCAAUCAGAUCUAGAUUUGAGGUCGCUCAGGAAAGAUUAUGAUAUUGUACAAGUUACUUCAGAUCGUUUCAUCAUAAAUGUACCAUCUUUGGAUAGUCAAAAACCUAUAAUUGUAGCAGAAGACACUAUAACACUUCAUGAUGUAAUUGCAAAAAAAAAAUAUCCAGGAACAGUUAUAAGGGUAGAAGAAAAUAAUGUUACAAUACGACUGGAGGUUCCUAAUGCAAUUGAAAUGAAAAAGAAUAAAAAGUACAAUAUAAAAUUUUACGGUCAUUAUUGGCCAUUAAGAUGUUGUCACUAUGCAUUGUCAUUAGCAAGCAAAUUUAAUUUCAUUGAGAUAAUAUAUCCACAACAAGCAACAAACAAUAUAGAUUUAAAAUGCAAUAUAGAUUGGAUAAAUACUAACAUAGUAAAAAACAAGCAACAGAAGCAAGCAGUAAUAAGAAUCUUACAUAUGACAGCAAGUCCUGCACCUUACAUCAUUUUUGGCCCACCAGGCACUGGGAAAACAGCGACAUUAGUCGAGGCUAUAUGUCAAAUCGUGAAGCAAAAUUCUAGGAAUAACAUAUUGGUAUGCACGUCGUCCAAUGCAGCAGCUGAUGAAAUCACUCAGAGAUUAAUAAAAUAUCUUCCAACAGAAAUAAUAUAUCGAAUGUAUGCGCCAUCCAGACACUGGGAGGAUGUAAAGACAGAUAUACAAAAAUGCGCAAAUUUUGUUACUGGUGUACAUAACACUACCAUCUUCUUGCCGAAAGAGGUACUAGUGAUGAAGAAGAUUAUCAUUUCAACAUUAAUAACAUCUAUCAGAUUAGCUGCUGUGAGAUUGCGAGAAAAUCAUUUUUCUCACAUAAUUAUUGACGAAGCGAGUCAAAUAACUGAACCAGAGAUGCUGAUUCCAAUUACAUUAACAAAACAUUAUGAUGUAAAAGACAUAACCAAUUUCCAAUCACAAAUCGUUAUUGCAGGCGAUCAUUAUCAAUUGGGACCUGUCGUUCGUAGUAAAUUUGCGAUAAAUAUUCUUGGUAAAUCCAUGCUCGAAAGAUUAAUGACCGAUUGCGAUUUGUAUAAAAAGAAGAAUGGAAAGUACAAUCCUAAUUAUGUAACCAAAUUAGUUAAAAAUUAUCGAAGUCACAAGGAUAUUUUGCACGUGCCGAACACACAUUUUUAUGACGGAGAUUUGGAAUGUUGCAAACAGCCUGAUACACAGAUAGCACUGAACUGGGAGAAGUUGCCUGCUAAAAACUUUCCCAUAAUUUUUCAAGAAGUUCAAAGUGUAGAAGAACGAACUGAGACAAAAAGUGUUUAUAAUAAAGUUGAAGCACUUGUGGUAGUGCAAUACGUGAAGAUGCUGAUGAACGCUAAAUUCGGCAAACACAGAAUAAGCGCAAAAGACAUCGGAAUCGUAACGCCUUUCAAGAAACAGCAGAUGGAUAUUAUACAUAGAUUAGCGGUAAGAGGCUGGGAAGAUAUAUUUGUAGGAACAGUAGAGAUGUUUCAGGGACAAGAGCGAACUGUGAUAAUAAUAUCAACCGUACGAUCUAAGAUUUUUACGCACAAUGGUGUUGAGCACAUCGGGUUCUUAUCAAAUGAGAAAAGGUUUAAUGUCGCCGUGACACGUGCAAAGGCUCUUUUAAUAAUAGUGGGCAACUCGGAAAUUAUCUGUAAAAAUAAACAUUGGAAAGCACUAUGCGAAUACUGCAAAAAACACGGUGGUUAUGUACCUUUCAAUAAAUGUCCGUUAAACUCGGAUAUUUUGAAGAAAUAUGAAAUCAAGUCAAAUGACACUAACAAAGUGAAUACAGCUGUCAACCAGGUGUCCGUCACCGUUGAGACUGAUGUGAUGGGAAACGAGAAGAAGCUGGAAACCUUGACCAAUGUAUUAGUACGUAGCAUCGAGAAAAAAUUGACAUUGACUAAAUAAUGGCGGAUUUGUAUGACAUUGAGCGGUAAGCGACAUUCCUAAUUAGUUUUUAAGUUUUCACGGAAUAUUCUUAUCAAAAUGUUAUUUUUAAAUAUAAUAGUAUUCCUUUUUAGACUUAAAGAACGACAUACUUAAAACUUCUGGUUCCUCAUUAUGGUCAUCUUAAUUAAUGGACAGAAAUGAGAAAAUAUCCUAAAAAUUCUUGCAAAACACUUUGAAAUGAAAAGAUAUGUUCGUAAGAUAAUAUUUGUGAUUGACUGAACAUGUGUGUGAAGUGUGCUGAAAACUUUCUCUUCGAUAAUCAACAAAUAAUUGUAAAACUAACAUAACAAAAAUCAAGUAAUUAAAAGAUAAGUUAAUUUUAGGGAUGUUUUCUCAUUUCUAACAUCAUCAAUCAAGAUUGUCAUGAUGAAAAAUAAGAACCUUAAGAUUCUUGGAUACACACAUUGUCUAUUUCUUAAUGAUGUCAAAAGCGAGAAAACGUAUACUAAAAAUUCUUGCAAAAUAUGUCGGGAUAAAAAAAUGGUGUCACGUUUUAAUUUUAUAGUUAUUGAUUGUUAGAGCAAGAGGAAAGUGUUUGAAAUAUCUUAGAAGAGUGUUCUUAAUCAGUUGUAAAUUUUAUGGUUAUAUUUUUUUAUCUUAACGUCUUGCUUUUCGCAAGAAUUUUUAGCAUGCGUUUUCUCGCUGCUGGCGUUAUUAAAGAAGAAUUGGACAAUGCGCAUACCCAGCAGCCUUAAGAUACAGUUUUUUGUGCCUUUGACAGUAUCAGAGAGAAACCUGAGAGCGGCCACGCCAUAUGUUUUGGCCGAUAUCGAUUUUCACGCUGUUUGAUGCGCUAUCUACACCCAUUUUUGAGGUGGAACUACGUUCUUUACGUCCAUUUUCAAACGCUGCCGAUAAAGUCGAUUUGUUGCGUGUCCAUUCUACGCCUAUUUUCUGGUGAUUCAUGUCCGUGCUAAGCGCAUAAUUGCGUGAUUAAAAACAUGAACUGUCCAUGUCCAUUUUUUUAACCACGCAAUUAUGCAUUUAGCACGGACACGAAUCGCCAGAAAAUGGGCGUAGAGAACGUAGUUCACCUCAAAAAUGGGUGUAGAUGGCGCAUCGAACAGCGUGAAAAUCUGUGUCGGUCAAAGCGUAUAGCGUGGCCGCUCUCAGGUUUCUCUCCGACAGUAUUAAUCUUAGAGAUAAUGAGUUUAACGAUCUUUAGUUGUAAAGUUUAUUUUUUUUUAACUUAAUACAUAAUUUCCGAAUUGAUGUGAUAUAUAUAUAGUACAUUUGCAAUUUGUAAUAUUUUAUAUAAUUAAGUGACGUACAACUGAGUAAUUGUCACGUACGAUUUAUAUAUCAUGUAUUAUAUUAUCAUCUUGUAAUAUUUUAAAUUAUGUACCAUUUUGUUUUGUGCAAACUUGUUUUCUUACAGAUUCUAUAAAGCGUUUAUAAUUUAUAUUGUUAUUUCCAUAUUAAGUAGUAAAUUCUAAUUUUACUUUUA